AGGCUGCACUGUGACUCUGUGAAAUCCUGACGUGUGGGUGAGUGUGAGCGAGAGGGUGUGUGAGACGCUGGCAGAAAGCACCCGCACCAGAACCAAAGAUGGAGCAGGUGUCUGAUGAUGAGUUGGACCAUGCUGCGGAGGAGGACAGCGAUAAGGAAGACCAGGACCUGGACAAGAUGUUCGGGGCCUGGCUGGGGGAGCUGGACAAGCUGACACAGAGCCUGGACGAUGGCCGGCCGCAGAAGAUCCAGAAUGCUCCCCUCAGACAGGAGACUAACCUGGCCAACUUCUCGUACCGCUUCUCCAUGUACAACAUCAACGAGGCGCUGAACCAGGGCGAGCCCGUGGACCUGGACGCCCUGAUGGCCGACCUCUGCACCAUCGAGAACGAGCUGAGCACCAUCGGCAAGCCCGGCUCCUCGCGCGCCUCCUCCACGAGGCAGAAGGCUGGCGGGCGUGGAGUGGGCAUCUCCGUGGCGACCACGGGCAGCGGGGGAGGAGGAGGAGGCGGCAGCAGCGGCGGCAGCACCAGCAGCAGCACGCGGGCGUCUCCCGCCGGCUCGGUCCGGCAGGGCCGCCCGCUAGCCUCCAACCUGUCGCUGGACGACAUCACGGCGCAACUGGAGAAGGCCUCGCUCAGCAUGGACGAGGCGGCGCGCCAGACGUCCUCCACCACCUCGUCCUGCUCCUCCUCGUCCUCCUGCUCCUCGUCCACCACCGCCACCAACGCCACCGCUGCCACGCGCCGGCCCUCGGCCUCCUCGCUGCCCCCCCAGCAGCCGCCGCCACAGCACCGCCGCACGGGGUCCGUGGGAGGGGGCAGCGAGCAGGGCGGCCGCUCGGCCGGACACUCCUCGCGUUCCAGCGCCUCGGCCUCCAGCAUGGAUUCGCUGGACAUGGAGAAGGGCCCACGGGGGGGUCCGGAGAAGGACGAGGCUCCCGGGGCCCCCACCUCACAGGGCACACCGGGCCAGUCCAGCACUGAGCACUCGUAUCUGGACAAAGAAACGUCUCUGAUUCUGAAAAGCAUUGCAGGAAAGCCCUCUCACCUGCUGACCAAGGAGGAGCAAGCUGCCAAACUAAAGGCAGAGAAGAUCCGUGUGGCACUGGAAAAGAUCAAAGAGGCUCAGGUGAAAAAGCUGGUGAUCCGGGUGCACUUGUCGGACGAGAGCUCCAAGACCAUGAUGGUGGACGAGCGGCAGACUGUGCGGCAGGUGCUGGACAGCCUGCUGGACAAGUCGCACUGCGGAUACAGCCCAGACUGGGCCCUGGUGGAGACCAUACCGGAGCUGCAGAUGGAGCGCAUCUUCGAGGACCAUGAGAACCUGGUGGAGAACCUUCUGAACUGGACCAGGGACAGUCAGAACAAACUCAUGUUCAUAGAGCGCAUUGAGAAGUACGCCCUGUUCAAGAACCCCCAGAACUACCUGCUGGGGAGGAAGGAGACAUCGGAGAUGGCUGACCGAAACAAAGAGGCCCUGCUAGAGGAGUGUUUCUGCGGCAGCUCGGUCUGUGUCCCCGAGAUCGAGGGUGUGCUGUGGCUAAAGGACGAUGGGAAAAAGUCCUGGAAGAAACGCUACUUCCUGCUGCGUGCAUCCGGCAUCUACUUUGUGCCUAAGGGCAAGGCCAAGGCUUCCAGGGAUUUGGUGUGUUUCCUGCAACUGGACCAUGUGAAUGUGUACUACGGCCAGGACUACCGCAGCAAAUACAAGGCUCCGACUGACUACUGCUUGGCCCUGAAGCACCCCCAAAUUCAGAAGAAAUCUCAGUACAUCAAGUACCUGUGCUGUGAUGAUGUCAGAACCCUCCACCAAUGGGUCAACGGAAUACGUAUCGCUAAGUACGGGAAACAGCUGUAUAUGAACUACCAGGAGGCCAUGAAGCGCACAGAGGCGGCGUACGACUGGGCCUCCCUGUCCAGCUCCAGUAUCAGAUCAGCCUGCAGCUCCGCCAGCAUCCCAGAAUCGCACUCAAACCACUCAAGUGUGACAGACAGCGGCCUGUCUGACGGCACUUCGUCCAGCCAUGCCCGCUCCCAGAGCGUGGUCAGCUCCAUCUUCUCCGAGGCCUGGAAGAGAGGCACUCAGAUGGAGGAGAACAGCCGGAGGUCCGAGUCGAGCCGAGCGUCCAGCAUCUCCCACACCUCUCACACAUCCCACAGCUCUCACUCCCACCACCAGAGUUCACACCCUCCACCUGCCCCCACACACCCCAGCCCCAUCCACCUGCCCCCCACACACCCCAGCCCCAUCCACCUGCCCCCCACACACCUGCCCCCCACACACCCCAGCCCCAUCCACCUGCCCCCCACACACCCCCAGCCCCAUCCACCUGCCCCCCACACACCUGCCCCCCACACACCCCAGCCCCAUCCACCUGCCCCCCACACACCCCAGCCCCAUCCACCUGCCCCCCACACACCUGCCCCCCACACACCCCAGCCCCAUCCACCUGCCCCCCACACACCCCAGCCCCAUCCACCUGCCCCUCAGGUGCCCCAACCUCAGACUGUGCCCCAGCCGCCACCCGUCUCCCAUAUGCCCAAACCACCACCUACCCAUCACAUUUCUCAACCUCCACCUGCCCCCUACGUGCCCCAACCACUACCUGUGCUCCAAAGCCAUCAGCCUCCACCUACCCCACACAUCCCUCAACCUCCACCUGCCCCCACACCCCUCAACCUCCACCUGCCCCCCAUUUGCCUCCAGCUCCACCUGCCCCCCAAGCGCCCCAACCUCCACCUGCCCCACAUGUGCCCCAACCUCCACCUGCCCCCCAGGCACCCCAACCUCCACCUGCUCCACCUCCACCUCCUCCUCCUCCUCCUCCUCCCCGUGUGCAGCCUCCCCCCGUCGGUGUCCGGCGCCCCCCUGCACCACCACCACUCCAGCAACCCCACGGUCUUCGCCAAGUACAGCACCAUCACGCGCCUGCAGCAGAAAGACAAGCCCCUCCUCCCCGCCCAGGUGCCAAGCCCACCUCCGCAAGCGGCCAAGCCACAGCCCAGCAAGGACAACGGCGCCUGGCCACCGCCGGACACCACCACCACCACCACCCCUCCUCCUCCACCUCCUCCGCCUCCUCCUCCACCCCCACCGGCCAGUCUGCCCACUCCAGGCUCGGCCAUGGCGACGCUGAGGCGCGGACCGGCCGCUGGAGCUGCAGUGCCUCCUCCUCCUCCACCGCCGCUGUCGUCGCUGCACAGUAACGGCUUCCCUCCACCCCCUCCGUCCCCCGGGCCCCCGGUGGCGCACGUCCCGCCCAAGCCCUCCAACGGCUUCCAGAGGUUUCCAUCUCCGCCGCCGCCUGACCUCUCGCCCUCGCCCCCUCCCCCUCCCCAGCUCCUGACCCAGUCCGCGCCUCCUCCUCCACCUCCUCCUCCACCUCCCCCUCCCCCACCUCCUGCUCCCCCACUGCCCCCACAGCAGCCCCAUGCUUACACCACACCACCCCCUCCUCCUCCACCACCUCCUCCACCUCCAGCUUCUCUCCAGCAGGUCUUUCCCCCCUCCGCUCCACCCAAAACCUUCCCCUUCCAGAUGGGCCGUAAGCCUCCGGGGAUGGUGGUGCUUCCUACUGCGGUGGCUCCUGGCCCUCCUCCUCCUCCCCCUCCUCCACCUCCUCCUGGACCGCUGGCAUCGGUCCCCGCGAAGACCCAGCCACCCCCAACCCUCCCCAAACAGCACAGCAUCGGCAGGGCAGCCGCCUCCUCUCUGGUCAAGCAACUGGCCAGUCAGUUCCCGGGUGCGGCCGCCACCAAUCACGUGGACAGUGCCAAGGCGCCGCAGUCGCCCCCUACGGUCAAGGCCAAGCCCAAGUGGCAGAGAGGAGGAGUGCAGACCAAGUCGCCAGAGUUCCCUCCACCGCCUCCCGAUAACAGCCUGGGUUUCCCCCCAGCUCCCGGUCCUCCUCCACCCCCACCUCCCCCUCCUCCUCCACCAGCGCCUGGGCCUGGGCCUGUGCCUGGGUUUGGACCGGGCCUGCCUCCUCCUCCACCAGCGCCAGCGCCUGGGCCUGGGCCUGGGUUUGGACCGGGCCUGCCUCCUCCUCCACCCCUUCCUCCAGCAACCCCCCCCAAAUCUGGGGGCUCGCCCAUGAAGAAAUCGCCGACGGGCGCCGCCAAGAAACCACCGCCGACUCCCCAGCGUAACUCCAGCUUCAAGGCCGACUCGUCUGCGGAGUACAACGAGGCGCGAGCGCGGCUGGAGAACCUGGUCGGCCGUCAGGGUUCCGGCUCCUCGGGGUCGGCCGCCGCCGCCGCUGGCCCCCCCGCGCCACCCAAACCGGGGAAGCUCAACCUGGGCCACCUGCCCCCGGCGCUGCAGGCCAAAGUGGGGAAAGUGGUGACCGACUUCCCCUCUCCACCACCCCUGGACAACGACUCGUCCUUCCCCCCUCCGCCGAUGGACAACGACCUGCCACCGCCGCCGCCUCUGCCCGCCGACCUUCACGGCAGCGCAUCGCGAGUCGCCGUGGUCAACCCCCAGCCCCAGUCGUCAUCAUCGUCAUCGUCCAGCGGCGGCGGCAACAUCUGGAGUGCCGGGCGGGCUUCCUUGAAGAAGACCCCUCCCCCGACGCUGGCUCGCCGUAGCAACGGCGCCAUCCCCACCGCCAUGGAGGUCCACCGCCCGAUGUCGCCGCCGACUUCCCCCAAGGGUCAGCCCAACUUCAUGGAGGACCUCCACCGGACACUAAGGCGCAAGUCGGGCAGCCGGCAGGGCUCUUUCGGCAGCAGCAGCGGCGAGCCGGCCAUCACGACCACCAUGGACGACAUGGCGCUGCCCCCACCCCCUCCAGAGCUGCUGCUGGACCAGCAGGCCAACGGCAGCAACGGCGGGGGCUACGCAUCAGGAAACAUCUCAGGCUAUGCAACACUGCGGCGAGGACCUCCGCCUGCACCGCCCAAACGGGACAACGGCACCAAACUCACAAACUAGCCCGAAAAAAACACGCCAAGCUGCUCUCAGACUGGCCGCAACACAAAAGGGUUCCAAGACUAUUCAAGACAGCCGUCUCAUGUCUCUCCUCUACUGUCCAUCACGAAGGGGACCUCUCCAGGGUUUGCUUCGUGAUGGAUCUGCAUUCCUAACAGUCCAAAAUUAUUAUCGAUCAGUACAUCACCUCUCGAAAGAUGCCAAACCGCCGGACUUUACUUUCCUCUCAUAUCGUCAUGUGAGUUCUGAGCGACGGAUGUCCAAUCUAAGCUCAGACGUGACUUUCCGUCUAUCCGUUGAUCUUGCUGUGUGGCCCUGCCACAGACUGACAUUUCUGGUUGUGUGUGUGAAUGGGAUAAAGGGGUGGGGAGUUUUUGUUUUUAGCCUUUUUUAUAUACGAAAAUUUAUUUAAUAUCUGAAGAGAUUGUGUUAUUUUACUGUUAGGACUGAAUGAUUAGUACUGGACAAAGAUGCCUUUAGAGAUGGUCUGGGGUGGAGAGGUGUAUGUUUGGGAGGUCUUCUCUCACCUUGGGCUAUGUGACUGCAAACUGACCGCAAGUCAGGUCAGACUCGAACCCAGAUGAAUCAUUUAAGAACCGCUUUGUUACGUGAUUUCUAGAAUGUUCUCCAAAUUGUAAGCCUGUCUCAUGCUUUUCUGAAGGACUCCCUUUGGUCGACCAUGGAGCACGGAGGAUGGAGGAGAGAUUUUUAGAGGUGCUCUUACUUGGAUGGUGUGACAGGAGGAAAGAAGGAGAAAGGUGGAGUCGUCGUCAGAGGGUGGUGCACACCUUGAGAAGAAUCUGUGCGUUUAAAUCGGCGAAGCCCCGAGAGGAGGUGGACGACCGUAGUUGUUGGAUGUAACCAGGCGUGGGGGUCAGAGUUGUGUUUGUUGCUUUCAAACACUUUGAAUCCGUUUGAUGGAGCUUGUGUGAACUGCCAUAAAAACAGACCUUGGCUAUACUGCUGCCUAUGACACCGCAGGCAAUCUCAAUCAAGCCCGGAGAAGUGCUUUAAUGUUAACAAAUGCUAUUUGUCACUCAUAUUUGGAUGUAAUGUGUGCUGUGAUGGUUUGAGCCUUGUUCUUUUUAAUCUCUUCAUUUCUGUCAUCACUGCAGUUUCUGUCUUUACAAAAUGAGAAAGAAAAAAAACAUUUUCCAGCUGCUUGGCCUGCCUGUAACUCUGCCUUCCACUGACUCGACGUUAGGAAUACUUGGACAGGAUAUGUAGGAAUACUUGGACAGGAUGUAGGUUGUUGAAAAUUCAUUGCUUUUGUUAGCCAGCCAGGAGCUACUUCCUACUUACAUGUUGAAGGAGGUCAGUUUGACAAUAAUUGUAAAACUUUUUAAUCUGAAAGUACCGUAAUCCACAAGAGUAGCAUCAGUAUAGUAUUAGCUUUGGGAAAACAUACCAUGGUCACUCUCCAAACCACCAUUGCUGUAGAGGUCCAGAACCCAUGGUCCGAGAAGGGGUGCACCUGUGCUACGCUCCGUCGUGUUUUGGAAGAGGUGAUUUGAAGAAGCACAGCAGAAGUCGCUUUCUCGUCUAUGACCUGGAUCACCGGUGUCUCACCGAGAGCAUCACCAUGAAUGCUUACCACCUGACUGCGAAUAUGUGAUCUGCGUAUAUUCCAUCAGAAGGAUGCCUGUUUUUAAACUCUCUAGCAUAUUUCAAAGUUAUUGCCUAUAUCUGACUGAAUCAAGCAUUACGUUACCGGUAUUGAAGUUUGGAGGCCUAUCUGGGACCAGAAUCGGACAUCUCUAAAAAAAAUCAUAUCGGGGAAAAUGAAGUCAUAAUGUCUGCUUUUAAGAUAAAAUCACUAUAUAAAUGCAUUUCAAUGUAAGAUCAAUAUAUAAAUGUCAAAAUCAA